CACCUCUCAGCUAGACGGACAGUCGAAAGCUACGGGCAGAGAGAGAUUGUUGACGUUUUGUUUUGGUCGCUUUUGUCCGGAUUUUUUGGACAUUACUGCGACAGUAUCCGCAGAUCCAGAAUCCCGCUCCUCGACUCUACCAUCACGCCUCAGUGCGGGGAUCCAGCAAAGAUGAAAUGGAUGUUUAAAGAGGACCAUUCCCUCGAGCACCGAUGUGUGGAGUCAGCCAAAAUACGCAACAAAUAUCCUGACAGAGUACCGGUGAUAGUGGAGAAGGUCUCUGGCUCGCAGAUAGUGGACAUUGAUAAGAGGAAGUAUCUGGUGCCCUCUGACAUCACAGUGGCCCAGUUCAUGUGGAUCAUCAGGAAACGCAUCCAGCUGCCUUCAGAGAAAGCCAUCUUCCUCUUCGUCGACAAAACCGUUCCCCAGUCCAGUCUGACUAUGGGCCAGCUCUACGACAAGGAGAAGGAUGAGGACGGCUUCCUGUACGUGGCCUACAGCGGAGAAAACACCUUUGGUUACAGCAAGGCCUUUUAUACAACACGUGGUUAAAGCUUACCUAUAUACCAGUCUCUCUCUCUGUCUCCCACACACACACACACACACACACACACACACACAGACACACACACACAUGCUUUAGUUUCUCUCAGUCCGGUUUUGUUGUCACAGAUAUUUGUUGUUGAGCUGAAUAUGCUGGUGCACAAUUUUUCAGACAUUUCAGGCAUUUACAUGUGUUACACGAGUAAUGCACCUACACACUUGGCACAGUCAUUUCUGGGUCAUUUUUGAUACUAAAAACACACAUUUAUGGUGAAAAUUAGUGUCAACAAAUGUUUGAAUUUGACAGUUAACAGUCUUUUUGUUAUAAUUACUGCUUAAAGGUCAGUUGUGGAGAGAAAUAUCUUUAACACUGCCAUAGAUAAGAGUAAUAAUUAUAUACAUUAUUGGUGCGUCAGUUAUCAUUAGUUCAAUAUCAACAUCAAUAUUAGACUAAAGAAACUCAUUUAAGGCUUUGACACACACACACACACACACACACACACACACACACACACACACACACACACACACACACACACAUACAUACAUACAUACAUACAUACAUACAUUACCCAGCCAUGCUUUAGUUUCUGUCAGUCCGGUUUUGUUGGCACAGAUAUUUGUUGUUGAGCUGAAGUGAGAGAGAAAUCCUAUAAUCAUGUGACUCAGAAUCAUUAAUCAUAUUAUGGACGUAUUUAUAUGGCUCUUCAUAUCAUGUAUAAAAACUUCAGUAUGUGAUUUAACUCCACAGGUACACUCAGCACUGCAAUAGGCAAUGAGAAGGACUAUAAGCAUGUGAAAGAAGGCAGCUCAAGCUGUCGGGGCAGUGGGUGACUGGAAGCUGGUGAGGAGGCAGUCAGUGUGUAGAGUGUGUCCCGCUCAGGGCCGGGGCCCAGCACCAGUCCCUGGGUUGUAACUGAGUGCUACUCAGUCUUAGCUGUCAUAUAUUUGCACAUUAUGUUGACUGAAUAGACGUCAGCACCCCCCCAGGACUCAGACUCAUGAUGCCAACAGCAGGUCAUGAACCUCAGUGAACUGCUAAAGAACUCCCAACACUUUCCUUGAAGUUUAUUGUGUUGAAUUGUGAUAUUUUUUUACGUCGUCUUCACGGGGGCAACAAUCUGAAAAUUACAACCAUUUAAAUGGAAAAGAGUCAGUCAGUUCCUCAUCUUAUAUUAGAGAUACCCGGUGAUGAGGUGUUACACGUUCUGCCUCAACCUGCAGCGUCCACCUCUACAUUCCUACGUUCCCCAGAAUGCCUCUGCACAGCUUCCAUGAACAUGUGUAGCUUAUCAUCCUUUUUCACUGUGUAACUCAUUAUAUUAACAGUGGCUGCAUUCCAUUUAGUUGUCCAGUUCUAGGUUACACAAAUCAGUGGGGAUUUUGACACAUCUAAAUGGAAUGGAGUCAUUGUUCAUGUUAUUAAUUACACCUGUGAUUCCCCUCUAAGAGGUUUGUUGCUUCAUUCUGACUUGUCAGACUCAGUUGUAUUUGUGCUGCGAUGUCCCUGUCAAGUACAUAGGAAAAUAAUGCAGUGCAUAAUAUAAUGGCCUGAGAUUAUGAGAUUGAGAUGCGCUGCAUGGACAUGACCAAAGCCCUGACGAUAGUGGAGGAUUAAAGGGAAACGCUCUGCUGUACCCCUGAGCUCUGUGGAGCUUUCAAGCCUGUUUCAGCUCAUUGUUUUGGUUUGCUGGUUCACAGGUCCCUGGGUCCCUGGGGCCAGUUUCACAAAGACAGACUGUGACUGUGUUACAAUGAAUUCUGGUUAAUUUAAGACUUCUUUCAGUAUAAAAAAAAAAUGGCUGACCAAGGAACCACAUCCAACCUCUCAGCUCUGAUUACCCAGCAGAAAAUGUUUGGACGUUUUACUUGAGAAAUUCAGUGAAGAAAGAAAAAAAGAAAAAUCUGAUUCGGAAAAAACAAAUUCUCUGCGGUCUCUAGAAACUCUUUCCCUUCUCUUUGCUCUCUCCAUAACAGUGUUAGCAAACCACUAAUUAUGAACCAUGUUUUCCUGUCCAUGAUUUUCUGAUUAACAUCAGACUGAUCUGUGAGCCACAUGAAGACUGGACCAACACUACAGACCAGUCUCACACAGCUUGGUGAAACUGGCCCCAGAACAGAGCUGUAAGCAGAGUGAAUAUUCGACUUAAAUUCAUUAGGUGGACACCAGUCCCACUUCAAAUGAAGUCUAAUGUUACUCCAUGUCUCCUGGAUGUGUAAAUAUGCAACAGUUAGCUAAUAUGUUAGCCAAACAACUUGAUAAGGUCUUUUAUAUUUGUACAGUACCUUCCAACUUACGGUUUAAUUUGGCCAAAGACAAAUGACAUGUCAACACAGGUACUGGUAUUGGCUUUAGAAGAGAGUGUGUCCAGUUCUAAGAAACGCUGUGUUUUGGUGUAAAACCUUGCGCCACACUGUGAUUCCCAUGAACUGGAUGGCUAACAAGCUUUUUAGAGGUUUUUUUUUUUAAAGGCAUUCUGGAAAAUGUAAGAAAUUGCUCCCUGCAGCCGAAGUAGAGAAAAAAGGGUCAUACAGUAAUUCAACAUGUAGCACUAGAGGAGAAUCUUAUAAAGACUUACCACUCACCAAAACAACUGUUUACACCCCACUGAGAAAACAAACAUGGAGGCCGCUGCAUUGCCUCGCUUCUGGUUUCACAUGUGUCCAGUAUGUAGAACUGAUCCAUGUUCAAGUCUUUAGGGUAACUGCUGAAACACUGUGAGCCAUCAGCACAUCAUAAUAACAACAGAAGCAUUAUUAUAGUGUAGUUUUCUUCCUUAUGUUCCUGGACUUUGUGUGUCAUGAGAUUGUCACACGAGGUAGAGAUACACAAUAUUUGACCCUGUCCCUGAUGAUUAAAGUGUUUUGGACCACAGAAAGAAUAUAUGACACUGCAAUUCACAAAUCCAAUAUUUCAAGUAAAGCGUUGGGUCUCAGGUGUAAAACCAGAACCACUGUUAUGUUUCUUCUCUUCACUCAGACGGCUCUGAAGCUGACGUUUCGGCUGCAGCUGUAGUUUUUGGUGCUGAAUCAGAGCAACACAUCUGGUGUGUUUCCACACUUUACCCAAUCCAUCCAAGCAUUCGUGUGUGUGCACCACAAAGCUGAUUCAGGCAUUUAAACAUGGUAUGUAGAUGUGUAAUAUAUUGAUGGAAUGCUAUGAUAUUGAGGAUUGUUUUAUUUCAUCAGUGUUGUAUGAUCGUUAUAUAUAUUAAUGACAUAAUGGAAUUUUAGAUAUUUGAAAAGGUAAGGUAGCUGGAAGACCUGACCAAUAAAAGUGAAUGUAAAAUGAA